AUGGCUGCUCUUCGCCGUGAAAUGCUUUUCUGCCGGAGACCCGCCCUAACCCGCCUAGCUUCGUUGCGACAGAAUGCUCAUGUGCUCAAUUCCCUUGUGCUGAUUGCCGUUCUACAUGCGGCGGGGGCUGGGAAAAUCGCCGAAUCCAAGUCUUCCAAGUCGUCAGGGUCGUCGUCCGAGUCGCGCGACUCUUCCGCGUCGCUGUACAACGUCCGCCUGCGUUCCGCACCGCCCGUGCUCGCGUACCGUGGCGGCAUCAGCGGCUACGCAGCGACGGCACCCGGGUUUUACGGCAACGAAUACAACAUGCUCUCGACGACGCUCUCCGCGCCGUCCUCCGCCAUGGCGGAAACGGCGGAAGCGGCGGCGCUGAGCAGCGCCAGCGUGACCGGCGAACGCGCAAGCGGAAGGGGCUCGGCGGAGGCGGAGGCGGAAGCGGAAGCGGCGCAGGUGCGGAUGCAGCGCCCGCCGAAGGUGAACAUGGCGUCGGCGCACGUGCGGCAGUUCUCGAGCUACCUGCAGUGGCAGCAGGGGCAAAUCGCGACGGACGUGGGCGUGGAUCCCAAGAACAUCGUGUACAAGUUCACCUUCGCGAGCAACGGCUUUGCGGCGAUGCUGACGCCCGCGGAGGCGGAGCAGCUGCGGAAGCACCCCGCGGUGGAGCGCGUGACGCCCGCGUUCGAGGUCACCCCGCUGACGACGCACUCGCCGAGUUUCUUGAAGCUGCCGACUUCGCUGUGGCGCGCGAACGGCGGCGAGAAGAGCGCGGGGCGCGGUGUGGUGAUCGGCGUGAUCGACAGCGGGAUCUGGAUCGAACACCCGUCGUUCGCGGACGGCGCGAGCGGGAAUGGCUCCGCGGCUUACUCCGCGCCGACCAAGUGGGUCGGCAAGUGCCAGACCGCGCCGGACUUCCCGCGCUGCAACAACAAGGUCAUCGGAGCGCGCGCGUUCAACGGCGGGUUCGUGCGCUACCGCGGCGCGAUCGACGGGACUCUAGACUACCUGUCACCUCGGGAUUCCGUCGGGCACGGCUCGUGGUGCGCGAGCGCCGCGGCGGGGAACUCGGGAGUUAAAGCCGUGAACAACCGGCGGCAGGCGAUCGGCGCGACGAGCGGCAUGGCGCCGCGCGCGCGGCUCUCGGUGUACAAGGUGUUUUGGAAGGCCAAGGGCGACAUGAGCGGCUCGGCUUCUAGCGUGGAUAUCGACGCCGCGAUCGACGCGGCGGUAGCGGACGGCGUGGAUGUGAUCAGCAUGUCGCUGGGCGGAGUUAAUCCGUACGCUGGGUACUUCGACGAUACUAAUUUCCUCUACGCCAAUCAGGCGGGCAUCGUGGUGGUGUGCGCGGGCGGCAACAACGGCCCGCCGCCGCUGACGCAGUCGAUCUACCGCACCAUCAUGCACUUCUCGCCCUUCUACCUCACCGUCGGCGCCAGCUCCACGGACCGCCACUACACGUCGAAGCUGCGGCUCGGCACGGGCGUGAACCUUUGGGGCGCGGGGUUCGGCACGGGCACGCGCAAGGUGCGCGGGCUGCCGCUGCUGUUCGCGCAGGACGCGGUGGCGUACGGCAACACGGCCACCGACGUGAGUGUGUUGGGGGGGAUGCGCAUGUGUGGCUGUGUGCGCGGGCCGCCGCUGGUGCCGCUGCUGCUGGCGCAGGACGCGGUGGCGUACGGCAGCACGGCGACCGACGUGAUUGUGUGGAGUGGGGUGGGGUGGGGCGGAGUGGGGUGGGGUGGGCGGGGGAUGGGGGGAACGCGCAUGUGUGUCUGUGUGGGGGGUCGGGUCGGGCCGCCGCUGCUGCUGGCGCAGGUCGCUGUGGCGCAGGUCGCUGUGGCGUACGGCAGCACGGCGACCGACGCGACGCUGUGCCUCCCCGGAACCGUCGAUUCCGCCAAGGCGAGCGGGAAUAUCCUCGUGUGCACAGCGGGGGGCGCACAGGCUUCGUUCGUUACUAACCCGCCCUCCCCGCACCCCCAUCUCUUCCCCGUCACCUCCCUCUUUCCACUCCACCCCCAGGCGAAGCUGUGUAUCCCCGGAACCGUCGAUUCCUCCAAGGCGAGCGGGAAGAUUCUCGUGUGCACGGCGGGGCAGGCGUCGUUCGGCACGCAGGCGGACACGGCGGCGGGCGCGGGCGCGCGCGCGAUGGUGCUGGUGAACGAGGCGGGCGGCGGGGACGUGACGCUGGAUAUCUACGACGCGCGCAUCCCCAUCCUGCACCUCGCGGUGAAAGAGGCGGACAAGCUGCGCAAAUACAUGCGCGCGACGCCCAAGCCCGUCGCGUCCUACUCAGCAUCCUUCUCAGUCUUCUUCAACCGGAUCGCGCCCGCAGUAGCCCCCUUCUCAGCGCAGGGCCCCGUCGUGAGCCCCUCGUCAGACCCCCGCAUCCCCGGCCCCACCAACGACAUCCUCAAACCCGACAUCCUCGGCCCAGGCCUCUUCCUCUGGGGCUCCUCACGCAGCAGUAGCAAUAAGGCUGGGAACAAGCCGGGGUAUGAUAUGCUCAUGGGGACAUCCAUGGCUGCUCCCCAUGUGGCGGGGAUUGCGGCGCUGCUCGUGCAGAAGCGGCCGAAAUGGUCCCCCGCGCAGGUCAUGUCUGCGAUAAUGACGACGGCAAGCAAUGUGAAUAAUAAGGGCGGGCCGAUCGGGAGGUUUGUGAGCGGGGAGAAGGCGAAUCCGUUUGAGAUUGGCUCCGGGCAUGUGAACCCGCCGAAAGUUUCGGACCCCGGGCUGACGUACAACCUCGGGCUCGGCGAUUAUCUAAACUUUUUGGCCGGGCAGAAUCUGACCGAGGUGCAGGGGUGGAAGAUCAAGCAGGUGAAAGCAAUUCCGGCGUAUAAUUUGAAUUUGCCGUCGAUCGCCGUGUCGCGAUUACGAAAGGGGGUGGUGGUGAGGAGGACGGUGACGAAUGUGGGAGACAAGGCGGCGACGUACCGAGCCAAGGUUGUAGCUCCGGAGAAUGUGCGGGUGGUGGUUUCGCCGAGCCAGUUUACGGUCGGUGUGGGGAAGUCGGUGACUUUUACAGUGGGGUUUACGGUGGUGAACCCCACGGGGAGCUUCUCGUUUGGGAGCUUGACGUGGGAGGACGGUGCGGGGCAUUCAGUGCGGUCCGUGCUAGCCGUGCAGCCGAUUGCCAAGUGA